GCGGCGAGCGUCACACCCGGAAGCAGGGCCCCGCGAGGAGCCGGCAGCAAUGAACGGGGAGCCGGGGCAGACGUCCGUAGCGCCCCUUCCCGGGAAGGUCGAGCCGGGCAGUGGGGUCCGCAUCGUGGUGGAGUACUGUGAACCCUGCGGCUUCGAGGCGACCUACCUGGAGCUGGCCAGUGCUGUGAAGGAGCAGUAUCCGGGCAUUGAGAUCGAGUCGCGCCUGGGGGGCACAGGCGCCUUUGAGAUAGAGAUCAAUGGACAACUGGUGUUCUCCAAGCUGGAGAACGGGGGCUUUCCCUAUGAGAAAGAUGUAAGUAUUUGCAGUGUUGGGAGGACCGCUGGGUCACCUUCCCCAACAGCACAUCCUGCCACUCUGCAUCUCUAUCCACUAGCUCAUUGAGGCCAUCCGAAGAGCCAGCAACGGAGAACCCCUAGAAAAGAUCACCAACAGCCGUCCUCCCUGCAUCAUCCUGUGACUGCACAGACUGGGUUCCUGCCCUGUUCGGGGGUCCAAGUCGUGGUCUCCCCUGUGGUCCUGCUGGGAGCUCCCCUUGCCACUUUCCUGUACUUAGCUCCUUAGCAAAGAGACCCUGGCCUCCACUUUGCCCCUUUGGGUUCACGGAAGGAAUAGAAAAUUCCAUGGUGUUGGGGGCAGGAGAGAGAUACUCUCCAUGGACACUUCCCCAGUCACCUUAUACCCGCUUCCCAGGAUAAGUGCCCACGCAAGCCCAGUCCUCUCUCCAGCUUGGUAAUACCUGUAUGAUGCCAUGGUAGAUCUUAUUUAUUCUCCCCUAGUCCAGUGCAGUGUCAGCUAUUGGCAAUAAAGUGGCACUACAAACACUAA